AUGUCUUCCUUCCCGUUCUUGACUCUCCCCCCCGAGCUUCGACACCUUGUCUACGAAUACUACUACACAACCGCUGAUGGCUAUUUCCUCCAGCCAAUCUCGCGGAAGCUCGCCGCCGCCAAUGGCCUACCAAUUGAUCUCGCUCUGAUGUACACUUGCCGCCUUAUAGCCUACGAGACCAGAGACCUGCCUCUAUCAUACAACAAAGUCACCGUUCUACGGUCUACGAUCCAGAAUUUCGUCCUUGGGCUGGCCGCUUUGACUAUGUUCUCUUCGCCCAGUUUCAGAAACAGCGCCUUUCUGCGGCAGUCCAAUCGAUUCUCCGCGCUUUGCGAGGCCCUCGAAUUCACUCUACGUACCCUUGCCCAGAGACCAUCAGAGAAAUUUGAUAGGAUUGUGGAGUAUGAGCUUUUAGGCUGGGAGCAUAGGAGUAGCGAUCGUCUGCUCAACUUCCUCGAUCAGUCCUUCAAGCCCUGGGACGUGCCCCAUCCUGACGUCCUUGCAGAAAUGGAGAGGAGGUAUAGCGAUGAUCACCUCUGGUCUAAGCUCGAAGCCUGGGGGCCCGAUGAACACCAAAAAAAAGAGUAUCUUGCCAAAUUUCGCUUCUCGGCCGCUUCUGCAGCCAUAGACUGGCUUACAAAGGUUCCCGCAAAGAAACGAGUGUGCAUUCGUGGUUUGGGGAUCAUUGAAGAUUACCCAUCUGUAGGUCGUCAAGAAUGCCACGCUGCAGGUCUUGUCCCUUUUUGCAAAGAGAAUCCACAAUUGCGGAUCAGCCACCGUGUCAGUAUGCUGAAUGUCAUUUUUUCUCGGGCGUUGCUUCGCCGCGCUACUUCCUUUGCAAGUUUGAGAGCUUACGCAAGGCAUGAAAUUGGAGAAGUGGCCUUCAAGGAGGCAAGCUCUGCAUCAUUUUCUGAGAUAGCAAAUUGGUUAGCAGAGACCGUAUCUCUACCUGAGGCUGGAAUGCCCAAUGGCGCCUAUACUUUUACUCUAGAUGGUGAACCGAUUCCCGUCAUCUGCUCCCGGAUCUUCCAACACAUUGUGCUUCGCAAGGAGGCCAUGCGAAUCACCAUGAAGCAGUCCCUCCCAUCAUUGGAUGAAGGUACUCGGUUGGAUAUAGCCCCUCGGUUGCACCGAGGACAUGGCAACGCAUUUGCCCAACUUAUCGACAAUACCUCAUUCAUCAAAGCCAACUUCGACCCUGGUCAGCUUGAAGACCCAGAGAAAAUGCUGGCUGAGUUUCAACGGAUUGGAGCUUGGCGGUUUUUAGAAAACUACAGAGGUUUCCAAUUCGACUUCGAACUUCUUCGCCCACCAUCUGUUUACAACCUACCGAGACUGGGGGCACUGACUAUGCCGGGUUUGCAAUCCAUCUUCGUUCUCGGGACACUGCUUGUAACUAGUGUUAAUGCCCUGUCCCUUCCAGCUGGAGUACCCCGCGACAUCUCAGAGUUCAGAGACAAACAUCCCUACACUCCACCUAAGCAUGAACAUCGCGAAAUCGUCCGGAUCCGUGCAUCCAAGAAUGACACAGACGAUGUGUCGGAUGAGUUCAAGAUGGGCGUACGCAAAGCCAAUGGUGGAGGCACUUUGCAUCUAGCCAAGGGAAAGACUUAUGUCAUUGGUAAAGCUCUAGAUUUGACCGGGCUAGAGGACAUUCACAUUCAUCUCGAGGGUGAGAUCAGAUUCACAGAUGAUGUUGAGUACUGGCAAGAGAACGCCUGGUACCAUCCCUUUCAGCAAUCCAUCAUGUUCUGGAAGUGGGGAGGAAAAGACAUUAAAAUUUACGGCAAUGGUGUAAUUGAAGGCCAAGGACAACGGUGGUGGAACGAGUUCGAGUCUGGAACUGGCUCCAUUCUGAACCCCGACAACAAAUACUAUCGCCCAAUCCUCUUCUACGCCGAGAAUACGACUAACCUCGACGUCUCGGGUAUCCAUCUCAAAGACUCCCCUUGCUGGGAUAACUUCAUCGUCAGCUCCAAGAACAUCAAGUACACAGAUGUUGUAGCGACCGCCCUUUCAAACAACGGAAGUAUCAUCCCCAAGAACACCGAUUUCAUGAAUACUAUGAACACCUCGACUGUUAGGAUAGAGAGGACCUGGGUGAACAUCGAUGACGACUGUUUCUCUCCGAAACCGAAUAGUUCAGAUCUUUAUGUUAAUACCAUGUAUUGCAACGGCACGCAUGGACAGUCUAUGGGCUCUCUGGGGCAGUACAAGGGCGAGGUCUCCAAUGUCUACGAUGUGCACAUUGAGAAUGUUUGGAUGAUGAAUGGAGACUACUCGGCAGCUCGUAUCAAAGUUUGGGCCGGUGAAGAAACCGGCACAGGAUUCGUCAACAACGUAACCUUCAAGAACUUCUGGGUCGCGCGCAUGGACUACGGCAUCUUCCUCGACUCAUGCUACUUCAACAUCUCCUCCGAAGAAUGCAACGCUCACCCAUCAGGCAUGCAAAUCACCAACAUCCACUUUGAGAACUUUACUGGAUACACAUCUGGUGUUUAUGGCAACGAUGUUGCAAGGCUGUCCUGCUCAGCUGCCGAGGAUGCUGUUUGUGCAAACAUCACUGUCAAAGACUUUAAUGUCCGGACGCCGUGCGGGGGAGAGCCUGUCAUUAUCUGUGAUGGGAUGCACGGCAAAGUGUACGACUCCGAUGGCGGCGAUUGA